GAGAGAUAGAGGGCCAUAAGCCUGCGAUGGCUGGAACACCUUGCAACAUGAGACUCUGGUUGAUCAUAGUCAUAGUUGAUUCAGAGACUUGGAGGUUCCAGCUCAACGGCUUGGGUAGCUGUCCAAUUCAGUUUAGUUUUGGGCUCGAGCUCCGAAGACUUAUCGUGGACCACUUAGACCACUUGCCAUCGGCAGGCCAUGGUUUCCGUGCGUGCUGAGGGUCAGAGCACUUGGCAUCGUUCCAUACUUUGCCUUGCCCUGAUUCUCCUCAAUCGCCCGGUCAAGCAAGUUGGGCGUGCCCACACGCAGAGCGGAAUGGCAGCGCCCGGCUUUUGUACCUCGAUGUGUGACCGACUUCCACCGGCUACCGGGAUGAGCGCUUCCUCGUUGGCAAGGCUCACAUCACCUUUGCCAUGGCACAAGUCGUGCCAGUCAAGACGUACGCGGAUUUCACAAGCAGCCAUGAACGCAGCAUUUUUGUUCUCGACUCACUUGACAGAAAUGUCUUCGACCAUGGGCCCGGCCAUGUGUUCCAUGUUUUCAGAAUCAAAAUUGCUUCCUCGCAACAUAUUGCAAAAGUUGCUAGAGAUGUCAUGGCGCCUUGCAAAAAUUUUUGAGCAUAAAGAUGUGGCCAAGAUUCCCAACAAUGUCAACAAUGAGGCCAAGCUCUUGGCAUGUGAAGCACGCUUGAAGGAGCUACUUUUAGCUUCCCAGGAAGUCGAGAAGCACCUUGAAAACUACCGAACUUCCGUUUUGAAUUUUCAACGUGAUAUCGAGCGACGCAAGGACGGUUAUGACAGUCAAGCAGCGACUUUCGCGGCAGUGAUGCUGGCGGCGUUCUGUUGCGCGUGUCCACCAUUGGUGGGUGGGUCAUUGGUGCUGGAAGGCGCUGAAGUUGCUGUGGCAACUGUGGCAACAGGUGGAAUGAUGCUCAGCCAAGGUGCUGCGCAGUCCUGCACAGAGCUCCUAGAGUAUUUGUCUGAGCGCCGAGGCUGUAUAAGAGAGUGCCAGACGGUCAUAAGCACACUAGCGAACGACAUCGCCAAGAAGAACGAAUCCAUCUCCAAUGCUCUCGAAGACAUGGACUUUGCACAAGAGUCUGAGGAGGAUGGCAACUUGAAGGAUUUAGUCGAGAUCCUUAACGAUAUCGCUGAUGAUCUUGAUAAGCUUUGGUUAAAAGCUAAAUGACUAGGAAACUGUAGCAGCGUUUGCGACACGCUGCGGGGCGUUUCCCAGAUGGCGCUUUUCAGUGCCCUGCAUCGCUUUCAGCCUUGUGGGCAGCAGGUGCGCAAGCUCACGUGCCAGCUGGGCAGCAAAUUAGAACGGCAAGGGAGAAAUCAUUGCAGCGAAGGACCAAAGCUACACAAUCGCAAGGCUACAA